AUGGAGGGCUGUACCGAAGCAUAUUUAGAAAUUCCUGGUCCUAAUGGAGAUCAAAAUGUUAAUUACGGUAACUUUGAUGUUGAAAACCGCUUUAAAGCGAUUUCGGAGAGUGAAACCACCGAAUUCAUACAAAGUAAGAGAAACAAGAACACUUCAAGAAAGACGGAGGGACACAUGAAAGUCUUAUACGACUGGCUUGUUAAUAUUUGCGACGAAAACAGAAGACUUCAUGAGAUACCGGCAAAAGAAUUAAACAUGUAUUUGGCCAGAUUCUUUUUGUCUGUGAGAAAGCCGGACGGCGGUGAAUACGAACCGGACACAUUACGGGGCUACUUGGGAAGUUUUUCUAGAUACUUGAGGGACAAUAGUUAUGAGCAUAAUAUUGUGGAAUCACACCUAUUCAGCCAUGCAAGAGAAGUUCUGAUGUCUAAAAGAAAAGAUCUAAAAUCCCAGGGACUUGGCAACAAAAAGAGAAAGGCAGAACCGAUAUCUUUCGAAGAUUUUCAACGACUUCUAGAUACUAAACAGAUAGGAAAUGGAGACUCCAUGUGUCCAAUAAAUCUUUACAAGGAAUAUAGACGACACAGACCCUCAGAAAUGUUGGAUCCUGGCAGUAGGUUUUAUCUAUCGAUAAAACAGAAACCCACUGAUGAAGUAUGGUACAAAAAGCAGCCCAUGGGGAAAAAUUCUCUUGGAAAACUUGUCAGCAACAUGACGAAUACAGUCGGUAUCAUGAACAAGCGCCUCACGAACCACGGUAUCAGGAAGACAACUGUAACAAACUUACUGGAGGCAGGAUUUGAGCCGACUGAGGUCAUGCAAAUCACGGGACACAAGAAUGUUCAAUCUAUUAAUAACUACAGUCACCUCCCUUUCAAAAAACAGAAAGAAAUGUCUACUGUCCUUUCUAAUGUUACUAAUGUUACUUCAACCAGUGCCACAUUCCCACAUGAAGAACAGCUGGACGAUGGAUGUGACGAAUUCCUCAGUCAAGCGGUACAGUUAAUUGAAACUUCCACAGCUUCAGGACCACAGGAAGGGUUAUCCAUAAUUGAUCUACCAAUUACUGUGACCAGCAAUGGAAUACAGCUACAACACCCAGGCUUCAGCAUGUUUCAAAAUGCCAACAUUAGUGGAAAUAUAACCAUUAAUGUCAAUCCACUGAAGGAAUAA